CUCCCGGUCCCGGUCCUGGUCCCGGUCUCGGUCCCGCUCCGAGUCCCGGCGAGGCUCCGCUCCAGGCGCGGCGGCGGGAAGUGCCCGGGGCAUGCGGCUGCGGUAGGACGCGUGGCGACGAUGGGCGGCCGGGGGCUGCCGGUGCCUCUGGUGCUGGGGCUGCCGCUGCUGCUGCUGCUGGGGCUGCCGGCGGCGGGGCGCGCCGCCUCCAAGGCGCUGGUGUGCCAGGAGAUCACGGUGCCGAUGUGCAAGGGCAUCGGCUACAACCUCACCUACAUGCCCAACCAGUUCAACCACGACACGCAGGACGAGGCCGGGCUGGAGGUGCACCAGUUCUGGCCACUGGUGGAGAUCCAGUGCUCUCCGGACUUGCGCUUCUUCCUCUGCAGCAUGUACACCCCCAUCUGCCUGCCCGACUACACCAAGCCGCUGCCCCCUUGUCGCUCUGUCUGCGAGCGGGCCAAAGCCGGCUGCUCGCCUAUCAUGCAACAGUACGGCUUUGCCUGGCCUGAGAGAAUGAGCUGCGACAGCCUGCCCGUGCUGGGGGACACCGAGGUGCUCUGCAUGGGAUACAACCACACGGAAGCCACCACCCUGCCACCUUUCUUCGGGAAGCCCACGCGCCCAGCCAAGGACGUGGCCAAGAACCUGACGCCGCUUGAUGGGCAGCGCUCCUCGGGGCUGGACUGUGGCCAGACUUGCAGGUGCAAAGCACCCCUGGUCCCCAUCUUCAAGGAGUCACAUCCACUCUACAACCGCAUCAGGACUGGGCAGGUUCCCAACUGCGCCAUUCCCUGCUACCAGCCCUACUUUACUCAGGAUGAGAAGAACUUCGCUACCUUCUGGAUCGGCCUCUGGUCCAUCCUCUGCUUUCUCUCAACCUCUACCACCAUGGCCACCUUCCUCAUUGACAUGGAACGCUUCAAGUACCCUGAACGUCCCAUCAUCUUCCUCUCUGCAUGCUACCUCUUCGUUUCCUUGGGCUACAUCGUGCGGCUGGUGGCAGGGCAUGCCAAUGUUGCUUGCAACCUGGAGCACCACCACAUCCACUAUGAGACCACAGGCCCUGCCCUCUGCACCGUGGUUUUCCUUCUUCUCUACUUCUUUGGCAUGGCCAGCUCCAUCUGGUGGGUCAUCCUGUCCCUCACCUGGUUCCUGGCAGCUGGCAUGAAGUGGGGCAACGAGGCAAUUGCUAGCUAUGCGCAGUACUUCCACCUGGCCGCCUGGCUCAUCCCCAGUGCCAAAUCCAUUGCUGUACUGGCGCUCAGCUCUGUGGAUGGUGACCCAGUGGCUGGGGUUUGCUAUGUGGGUAACCAGAGCCUGGAGAACCUGCGGGGCUUUGUGCUGGCACCGCUGGUGGUUUACCUCUUCACCGGCAGCCUCUUCCUGCUGGCUGGCUUUGUCUCGCUCUUCCGCAUCCGUAGCGUGAUCAAGCAAGGCGGCACCAAGACUGACAAGCUAGAAAAGCUGAUGAUCCGCAUUGGCAUCUUCACCGUGCUCUACACUGUGCCCGCCACCAUCGUCAUUGCCUGCUACAUCUAUGAGCAGCACAAUAGGGAGGCGUGGGAGCAGGCACAGAACUGCUCCUGCCCAGGUGACCCCAACCGCCCCAAGCCCGACUACGCUGUCUUCAUGCUGAAGUACUUCAUGUGCCUCGUGGUGGGCAUCACCUCCGGCGUCUGGAUGUGGUCUGGCAAGACGCUUGAGUCCUGGCGGCGCUUCACAGCCCACUGCUGCCAGGCCAGGAAGCCCGCGAGCACCUCUGUGUAUGGCGAGGCCAGCCCGGCACUGGUCGCCAGGACGGUGCUGCCCAGCAUGGCCUCCUACCACAAGCAGGUCCCACUGUCCCACGUGUGACCAGAGGAAGCCUCGAUGACCCCAUCCACAGGGAAGAGAGGGUUGCAAAGACCCUGGGCCACAGAAGAGGGAGUGGCAUCUGGGCUACCUGUGGCAUCCUCAGCCCUACCGUGGCGGUGCUGCCUGGGACCCAGUGUCUGUGCCUGUAGAGCAAGGAGCAGCUGCCGACCCCAGGCAAGGCAGGGUGGGAGGCUGCCAGUGAUAUGUGGGCAGAGAGACAGGGACUAUGGCAGGCCUGGAGCCUGGUGCCAUAAGGUAUGACCCAUUUGGGGUCCUGCGCCCUGUUUUGGGUCCUUGUGUGCUGCUGCCUGUGGGCCAGUCAGAUGGUGGAUAACCCUCGAGCACUGAUUUGUGUCCCACAACAAGUCUCUGGGGUACUGCUGGGGCAAAGGGAAGAGCUGCAGCAGAUAGAGAAGGUGGUGGCCCCUGACCCCGAGUGAUGCACUGGCACAGGCACAAAGCUGCUUGCCAGAGCCCUGGGCAGUGCAAGGGGCGAAGGGAAGUGGUAGUGGAGGAGUGCCUCCCUGCUGCUGCACCUGGGCCACCAGGACAGAGUGAGACGGUGCUCUCAGGGCCCCCGACAGUACAUGGGGCAGAAGCUGGGCGAGCUCCAUGUGCCAGGGGCUUCGUGGAGGUGGCAGUGUGGGAGGAAAGGGCUGCGGAGAGGAGCUGCCAUCUGUGCUCAAUGCAGACAGGGCCAGGGGUCCAACUACCCGUGGCUCAGGUGGGGACCGAUGACCCCAGAGGUCCCUUCUUCCCCAGGCAAGUGCUGGCUCUCCCUGGUCAGGGGGCUGGGAACUGGGGGCUGGGCAGGGGCUGAGGCUGGCAGGACUUGGCUCCUUAGCACCAACUUCCGGUUUCAACCCGCAGCUCUGCGAUGUGCAGACAGCUCCAGCGCCCGCGGAGCGGCUCCAGGGCCUGCCUGAGUGGCGAGGCUGCCGUCCACAUGGGGCUCGCAAGGAGCCCAGGGCAGCGCGGGCACUGGCCCUGAGCUGCGGAGUGCACUGGGAAGGGCUGCAUGCCCCUCUACGCCUCUCGCCUCUGCAGCAGGGUGAGUUUCUCGCGUCUCACCCGCACUGUGCGGGUUACCCAGAGUGAGUGGGAGAGGCAACCCUGGUGCCCUGCCCGCCGGCCCUUGUGCUCUGCCCGCAGGCUGAGGCGCACAGCACAGCACCUGAGCCUGGCACAACCAACCCAAAAGGUUGCUUCAGCUUCUUCAGCAGGUAGCAUGUGCGGCAGGGGGUUCCGAGCCAGGUGGCAGUCUGUCUCUCCUGGGGAGCAGCUGAGUUUGCCAGCCAGUCGGCUUCAACACUUUGUGCCACUUUUUUCAAAGCUGCACCUCUGCCAGAGACAGCACCCAGCUCAAGAGUGAGCAGUUACUUUAGGAAAACUCAGCAGAGCACCCUUUCCUCCAGCUUCCCAGGCCUUUUUCACUUCCCCACAUCAGGCAGCAGCAGAGCACCGAGAGACCCAGUUCCUGGCAUUAAAUGGUGGUGACAGCUGGAUUUUGAUAAGUAGAAUGAUGUCGUGGGUAGGUUGGGAGGGCCUCUUUGUCAACUUCACUGAGCAUAGCAAGGGCGAGGGGCUCUGUCUGUGGCACGGGGAUGGGGCAUAUCUGCUGCGAGGUGGCUGCCCCUGUCUUCAGCCCACAUAGGAAGGCACCCGGUUUCCCCCUGCCAUAAGUGGUGAUCGUGUAUGUAACCACCCAGCCAUUCCUCGAGUCUUUUUUUGCCCUCCUGCAAGCGUGGCACUGUGACCCAGCUCCUCGAACACUGGAGAGCAACUGCUGGCUUUGCUUCAGGACUGCAAGGAUCCAAGGUUGUUCACAAAACCACUUCAGUCAAGAGGGUUUCCACCUCAUUUUAAAACCAAAGCGUGGGAAGUGAGGGGAUGCUUGAAUGGCACAUCUACUGAUAAAGACACUGCCAAGGUAGUGAGUGAGUAUGUCUGGGGCAUCCUGGGCAGCGGAGCCGGUGGUGCAGGGGCUGCUCAGCUGCAUGUAUCCGCACUCUUGCAACAGAGUGCUCAUUCUCUAUAGAGUGUUGCAGUACUCCUUUGUGGACAGAAUUACACCAUGUUGUGUUAGAAACUGUAAAUAAUUGUAUUAUAGCUGAGUUUGUAUGUAGAGAAGCUGUAGUGACCUUUGAAAUGGAUUGGGAACAGGUGUGUUCUCGGCAGUGAGGCAGAUCAGGUGCAGAGACCCUGUGGGUAACUGUGUUGUAAUCAGGGCAUUGAAUGACUCCAACCUGCUCCAGUCCACACCUCACUGGACUCCUCUUUCUAUAGUGCCUUUUGUAGAUACAGCUAAAUACACAUUAUGCAAUACAAUACAAAAGCAUGUCAAAGGUGGUGUUCUGUUUUUUUUUUUCCAAAGUGCAACUGACUGUGUAAAUCUUUUUUUUAAAAAACAAAAGAAAAGAUUAGCUACAAACCAUUGUCUGUUAUAAAAAAAAUAUAAGAGCAUGUCCAGCUUUGAUCUAACAGUAGGUUCAUACAGUCAACUUGUGUUUGAGACUGGCUUGUCAGCAACAAGUAACAGGAGGAGAAAAGGAAUCCAUUCAGUGUUCCCUGUGUGCUGUAGCCAAUUUACAUGUUGUUUUUUGCCUGUCCCAUUACUGAUGCUGUUCAAUAUUAUUUAAAUAACUGUACUAUGUUUUGUGAAAAGCUGAAGAAAUUUUAUUUCAAAGACAA